AUGGUCCAGCGAGCGAUCGGAUUUGACGUGGCGAGGGCGAUAAUGCGGGGGAUCCCCAUAGCGGUCACCCUCCGCAACUUUGGCCAGUUAUGGAAAACCUCACCUCUAGAUCUAGACAGGCAUUCUCAGACAGAGCUGUGGAGCAAGUCGCAGCCUGUUGAGAGCUUCGAUGUCUUCUUUUCGCAUACCUGGCAAACACCAGGUAGCAAGAAAUUCCUCUCGUUACUGUUCCAGUUCGGGUGGCGCACGGCGAUGGCAAACUGCGUGUGUUGUACAACGCUAGUGUUUCUCCUGGCUGCCUCUGGUGCACUGCCAAUGACGUCCUUAACCUGGCCAGUCAAUGUCGUUGGCUUCGAGAUGUCCUGCCCUUUUGCUCCAUGGAUCUACCUCACUGGCACCCUGUCACUGCAGAUUUUUCUCUUCCUGUUUCCAUAUUGCACCCGCGCGAGCUCUUCGCCGAAAUGCUUCCUUGAUGUGGUCAGCAUUCAUCAGACUGACAAGACCAUGAAGCAGCGAGGCGUGUACGGGCUGGGAGGUUUCCUGAGUGUCUCGAAAGAGAUGCGUGUUCUGUGGUCGCCGCCGUACCUGACUCGCCUUUGGUGUGUCUUCGAACUCGCGGCCUUUCGCAAGGCGAAUCCAUCCAAGCCUUUGAACCUCAAGCCGCUCUUCGUGGAAAGCCAGGUCUUUCUUCUCAUCCUGGCAAGUGGCCUCUGCGCUGGAAUCUAUAUUGCAGUGCGAACUGGCCAAGGCAUCGUUGCUGUUGCGAAUCUUGCCAUGACGCCUUUAUUGCUCUUCGUGCACUUCAACCGAAAGCUCAUGCGGGAGGAGAAAAUGCUUAAAGCAUCGCUCGAGACUUUCGACCUCAAGGACGUAGAAUGCCACCUGGCAGCGGACAGGGCUUUCGUAUCACUGGCCAUCACUGCUUGGUACGGAAGCGAGGAAAGCGAGGAAGCCUUCACAGAGUACAUCCGUGGCCCGCUGAGGGAUGAGCUGCUGGCAGGCUCCGAACUGGAGCUCCCAAUGAAGUCACUUGUUCCGCCGUUUGACGUCUUUAAACUUGUUGGUUAUGGGUUGUUUAUCGCAGCAAGCCCGUUCUGCAUGCUCAUCGAUGUUGUUGUAGCCAUGAUCCGCGCUGGCGCGCCGGUCGAUGCUGUGCUCGCUGAGUUCAUUGGUCUAGGGCUUGGAGUCACUUUUUUCUGGAACAUGUUGUGCGUCAAGAUCAUGUGGACUCUGUGCAGUCGAUGGGCCUGCCAUAGCUCAUCAUGGGUCUGGGACUGCCUUGUGAGCUUGGUGAUUUUUUUGGUGUUUCUGCUUCUCCUUGCAGUAAGCAACAUCAUCGUUACCAGCCUCUUGACAAUCUCGACGACAGGCGCAAUGGCUGCUGGCAUCGGUUUGUCUGUUAGUGCCCAUCCUGGUCUAUUCUAA